AGAGUCCUAAUGAAACAUGGAAAGAACAGAAGAAGAGCUUCUUGUGGUUAGGUAAAUCACAAACAAAACCCAAACUAAAAAAUCCCAUCUUUAAACGUUCACUUUCCCAGUUCCUGCCAAAACUCGCACAAAUAUCCCAGGCCAACUAAGCACCACCAAGUUUGCUCUUUUCAUCUGAUACCCAGCUGAUUCCUUCUACUUAACCAGACUAUAGCUAUCAAACCCAGAAACGAAAAGCUUUAGGAAGUACCAAUGGGUGCGAUAAAGUCGGCUAUUGGUGAUGCUGUGCUCACGUUCAUGUGGGUCUUCUGCUCGUCAAUGUUCGGCUUCUUUACCAGCCUCAUAGCCACUGCGCUCGGCGUUCAUCACCAGUUUUGGGCCUCUCUUUUUAUUACUACUGUUAUUGUUUUUGUAUUUGUUUUCUUGUUUGGCCUGAUCGCUGAGUUCUUGGGUGGAGCCAGUUUUAAUCCCACUGGUACUGCUUCUUUCUAUGCUGCUGGGUUUGGUGGGGAUAAUCUCUUCUCCAUGGCCCUGAGAUUCCCUGCUCAGGCAGCAGGUGCUGUGGGUGGUGCGUUGGCCAUUUUGGAGGUGAUGCCACCACAGUAUAAGCACAUGCUUGGAGGCCCUACUUUGAAAGUUGACUUGCAUACUGGAGCCAUUGCUGAGGGGGUGUUGACAUUUUUAAUUAGCUUUGCUGUUCUUGUAAUUAUACUUAGGGGUCCUCGUAACUCACUGGUGCAGAAUUGGUUGCUUGCCGUUGUAACUGUAACAUUGGUUGUCUCAGGUUCCAAAUACACUGGGCCUUCCAUGAAUCCUGCUAAUGCAUUUGGGUGGGCAUAUAUAAACAAAAGGCACGAUACAUGGGAACAAUUCUAUGUUUAUUGGAUUUGCCCCUUCGUAGGAGCAAUAUUGGCUGCUUGGGUCUUCCGCCUCGUCUUCCCUCCGCCAGCACCAAAACAGAAGAAAGCCUGAAAGAGCACAAUUAGCUCAUGGUAAUUGCAUAAUAGAGAAGCUGGGUGUCAAGUGUAAUAAAGUCCUUUACUCUUUCCUCUUGACCCUUAAGACAAUCUUCAGUUAAUUUGCUUGUAUUGAUUGCAAUUUGCAUAUCUUUUCCA